GCAGCGCGACGCGCCGACGUCAGUUAAGGGCGCCCUCUCUGUUGUUGUGCGGUCCCCUGAGCUUCAAGUCAGAACCAGGCGACUUCCGUUUAGGUUUUCUGCACCGACCCGUGUCGCCCGGACUGCACCGCGUGGUACCAGCUGCCGACAGGAGCUGUUUCCUCUCCAGUGAUGGCCAAUGAGCGGCUCAGAGCUCUGGAGGAAGUAGAGAAAGAGAUAGCGAUGACCCUGCAGUGUGCUGGUAACAUAGUUCUGGAACUCUCCAAAGACAAGCAUAACGCCAGCCUCCUGGACAGACAGCUGGUCCAGUUCCAGAGCUCCGUCAACCGGGUGGAGAGUGAACUGAGUUCCCAGAUCCGCUACCUCACACAGGUAGCUACUGGUCAACCCCAUGAAGGCUCCACAUAUUCAGCUAGGAAAGACUGUCAGAUGGCACUGAACAGAGCCGAGUAUGCCAAAGUCAAACUGGGAGAACUUGGCCGGACCUGUGAAGUCAUGCUGGAGCAGCAGCAACAGCAACAGCAGCAGCAACAGCAACAGCAACAGCAGCAGCAGCAGCAGCAGCAGCAGCAACAGCAACAGCAGCAGCAACAGCAGACAUGAGAGCAGAGAGGGCAGCUGGCUGACUGCUGGAACACUUCCCUCCGAUACCCGAUGUGACUGUAUCAGCCCUCAUUCAUUAAAUACUUUUAAUAAUCCUUUUUAUUAUCAUUACAAAAACCGGAGUCUCAAGAAAAGUGAAGACAAAUUCAAAGAAAAAAUUUGUGUACAUGAUCUCAGAUUUUCUUAAUGGUGUACGUUGUAUUUCUGGGUAUAUUCUGUUUACAGUGGUCCAUUUUCCUAUUUUAUGUGCAUGGUCAUUUAUAGACUCAAGUAAGACACCACUAAAACUACCAAGAACCUUUUUUUUAUAUUGUAAGCACUUGAGAACCAAUUUAAUAAAACGUGUCUAACAGUCAUGCC